AUGGGCUCAAAGACUGCGGAUGAUGAGAGCCAGGGAGGUGGAAACGCUCCUCCCAGCUCUUCCCAAAUCAAUGCCACCGGCGGAGAACCUCGGGGUGUCCACCUCUCCCGGGACGGUGACGGAUCCCUCGGCGAUGAUGGCGGCGAUGAUGACCCCGAUGGCGACGAUACGGCCGGAGCUGUUACCUUGUCGAUGAAGCAGGGCUCUGACCCAGCGUCUCUUCCAAAGAAGAAAAAACGCAGAAAGACCAAGAAGAAGUCAUUGGUUCACCCCGGAAACCAAUCCUCGCCCCCUAGAAUCCCGCUCAAGGAUCUUUUCAUGGGGGGCAAGUAUCCACAGGGCGAGCUGCAAAGUUAUGAGUCCCCAGUUGAGAAUACCGCUCGCGUUACUGCUGAAGAAUCUCGGUCCAAGUCCCGGCAUCACCUAGAAGAUGACAGCUUCUUGGACGACUACCGUAAGGCAGCUGAGGUGCACCGUCAGGUCCGACGCUGGACUCAAGACGUGGUUCGCCCGGGCCAGUCCCUCACGGAUAUCGCAGUCGGAAUUGAGGACGGUGUAAGAGCACUGCUCGACAACUCUGGACUAGCUCCUGGCGACGGUCUCGUUUCCGGACUCGGAUUCCCCACUGGGCUUUCCUUGAACAAUUGCGUGGCACACUACACGCCCAAUCCUGGCCAGAAGGACACAAUUUUGAGCUCCACGGAUGUCAUGAAAGUUGACUUCGGGGUCCAUAUCAACGGUUGGAUUGUUGAUAGUGCCUUCACCAUGUCGUUCGAUCCAACCUAUGACAAUCUGCUUGCUGCCGUCAAAGACGCAACCAAUACCGGGAUCAAGAACGCCGGGAUUGAUGUUCGCAUUAGCGACGUCAGCGCUGCAAUUCAAGAGGCCAUGGAAAGCUACGAAGUGGAUAUCAAUGGCCGAACGAUUCCUGUCAAGGCGGUCCGUGAUAUCAGCGGACACAACAUCGACCAAUAUCGAAUCCACGCUGGCAAGUCCGUGCCUUUCAUCAAAAACUCGGACAAUACAAAGAUGGAGGAAGGCGAGAUUUUCGCGAUCGAGACAUUCGGGACGACUGGUCGUGGUUAUCUGAGGGACGGGCCUGGAGUCUAUGGGUAUGGAAAAAACCCACAUGCCCCCAAGAAGAUUCAGACGCACCUUGCUUCUGCCAAGGCACUCUACAAGACGAUCAACGAAAACUUCGGCACAAUUGUUUUCUGUCGCAGAUAUCUUGAGCGACUUGGAGUCAAUCGUUACUUGGCGGGCAUGAACCACCUUGCAGCCAAUGAUGUUGUCGAGGUCUACCGACCUCUGAUGGAUGUUGAAGGGUCAUACUCUGCGCAAUUCGAACAUACCAUUCUUCUCAGGGAAUCAUGCAAAGAGGUGAUCAGUCGCGGAAAUGACUAUUGA